CUUCUGUUUAAAUUCUGGUCUACGGCCAACAACACGCCCCAUACACACAGCACCCACCAAACCGCUGCCCGCCGACAGCCUCACAUCCCUAGUCUAUCCACUCUCUCAAUCUUCUCUGCAACCAUGGCCGACGCCAAACCUGACCCCGCCGCCGAGCAGGUGCAGGCUAGCCCCUCCGCCACUCUCCAGAAGGACGAGACGGCCAAGGUGACGACCGACAUCACCGACGCAAAGCCCGCCGAGGACAAGCCUGCUGCUGCUGCCUCCACCGUCACCGAGACUGUGGCCAACGCUGCGUCGACCGCCUCCACGGCCGUCAAGGACAAUGUUUUUUCCAUGUUUGGCGGUGGGCCCAAGAAGGAGAAGAAGGACGAGGUCGACGACGCGGACGAGCCUUCGGGCGCAUCCAAGCCCAAGGGCGAGGACGAGAACCCCGAGAACGAGGAGCCCGAUGUCGACUUCCAGCCCGUAGUCCACCUCACCGAGAAGGUCGACGUCAAGACCAACGAGGAGCUCGAGGAGCAGACGUUUAAGAUGCGCGCCAAGCUGUUCAAGUUCGACAGGGACUCGCGGGAGUGGAAGGAGCGGGGCACUGGUGACGUUAGGUUACUGAAGCACAAGGAGAACGGCAAGACCCGUCUCGUCAUGCGCCGGGACAAGACACUCAAGGUCUGCGCCAACCACUACGUCGUGCCUGACAUGAAGCUCUCUCCCAACGUCGGUUCCGACCGCAGUUGGGUGUGGAACGCCGCCGCCGACGUUAGCGAGGGCGAGCCUGAGGCUCAGACCCUUGCUAUCCGCUUCGCCAAUAGCGAGAACGCCAACGCCUUCAAGGAGGCUUUCAUCAAGGCCCAGCAGGAGAACGAGGCGCUGUUCAAGGCGUCCGAGUAGGAGGUAGUGGUUUGUUGGAGCAGAGCACGCAUGUCUUGGACGACGGACGAUGGAUGAUGGAUGAUGGAUGAUGGAUGAUUGUGAUGGAAUGAAAUUUGGACUUGGUACUAUACACCCCCCGGCGGCUGAGAUCCCCCUUGCACAUAGAUAGUAUCUACACGGCCUGACCAUGUGGUCUGCGGUCGCCCCCACGAUAAUUGAAUAAAGAGUUCAGCUCGUC